AGGAAAAGGAAGGCACAGUGGAGCGCGGAGAAGCCGCCGCGGAGAGGCGCCGGCAGCAGCCACCCUGCAGCGGGGACCGCGGCCCCGGGCCCGGCCAUGCCUGCGCUCCGGCUCGCCUGCCUGUGCGUCGCGCUCCUGCUGCCCGCAGCGCCGGCCACCUCCCGGAGGGAAGUGUGUGAUUGCAACGGGAAGUCCCGGCAGUGCGUCUUUGAGCAGGAGCUCCAGCGACAGACGGGCAAUGGGUUCCGCUGUCUCAACUGCCAGGACCACACGGACGGUGUCCGCUGCGAGAGGUGCAAGGAAGGCUUCUACCGGCUCCGAGACCGGGACCGAUGCCUCCCCUGCAACUGCCACUCCAGAGGUUCUCUCAGCGCCAGAUGCGACAACUCUGGACAGUGCAGCUGUAAGCCAGGUGUGACGGGACUCAGAUGUGACCGGUGUCUGCCAGGCUUCCACACCCUCACUGACGCUGGGUGCAGCCACAACCAGAGACGACCAGACUCCAAGUGUGACUGUGACCCUGUGGGCAUCUCAGGGCCCUGUGACUCUGGCCGCUGUGUCUGCAAACCAGCCGUCACCGGAGAACGCUGUGACAGGUGUCGACCAGGUUACUACCAUCUGGACAGGGCAAACCCUGAGGGCUGCACCCAGUGUUUCUGCUACGGACAUUCAGCCAACUGCCGCAGCUCCGUAGACUUCAGUGUCCACAAGAUCACAUCGACUUUCCACCAGGAUGCUGAUGGCUGGAAGGCUGUCCAGAGAAAUGGGGCUCCUGCCCAGAUCCACUGGUCACAGCGCCAUCGGGAUGUGUAUAGCUCAGCUCGACGAGUGGACCCUGUUUAUUUUGUGGCACCUGCCAAGUUUCUUGGUAAUCAGCAGGUGAGUUAUGGGCAAAGUCUCUCUUUUGACUACCGUGUGGACCGGGGAGGCAGACACCCAUCUGCUCAUGAUGUGAUUCUGGAAGGUGCUGGUCUACGCAUCAGAGCUCCCUUGAUACCACCAGGCAAGACCCUUCCCUGUGGAAUCAGCAAGACUUACAUGUUCAGAUUAAAUGAGCAUCCGAGCAGUCACUGGAGCCCGCAGCUGAGCUACUUUGAGUACCGAAGGUUACUGCGGAACCUCACAGCCAUCUGGAUCCGAGCUACGUAUGGAGAAUACAGCACAGGGUACAUUGACAAUGUGACCCUGAUUUCAGCCCGUCCUGUCUCUGGAGCCCCGGCACCCUGGGUUGAACACUGUGUAUGCCCUGCUGGGUACAAAGGACAGUUUUGUCAAGACUGUGCUUCUGGCUACAAAAGAGAUUCAGCAAAACUGGGUCCUUUUGGCACCUGUGUUCCCUGUAACUGCCCAGGAGGAGGGGCCUGCGAUCCAGACACAGGAGAUUGCUACUCGGGGGACGAGAACCCUGACAUUGAGUGUGCUGACUGUCCCAUUGGCUUCUACAAUGAUCCACACGACCCUCGCAGCUGCAAACCAUGCCCCUGUCACAACGGAUUCAGCUGUUCCGUGAUGCCCGAGACAGAGGAGGUGGUGUGCAGCAACUGCCCUCCUGGAGUCACCGGUGCCCGCUGUGAGCUCUGUGCCGAUGGCUACUUCGGAGACCCCUUUGGGGAGCGUGGCCCCAUUAGGCCUUGUCAGCGCUGCCAGUGUAACAACAACGUGGACCCCAGUGCCUCUGGGAACUGUGACCGGCUGACCGGCAGGUGUUUGAAAUGCAUCCACAACACAGCCGGCGCCCACUGCGACCAGUGUAAAGCAGGUUACUUUGGGGACCCGUUGGCUCCCAACCCAGCAGACAAGUGUCGAGCUUGCAACUGCAACCCCAUGGGCUCGGAGCCUGGAGAGUGUCGGGGUGAUGGCAGCUGCCUUUGCAAACCAGGAUUCGGUGGCCUCAACUGUGAGCUCGCAGCACUAACCAGCUGUCCCGACUGCUACAACCAAGUGAAGAUUCAACUGGAUCAGUUCAUGAGGCAGCUUCAGAGCCUGGAGGUCCUGGUUUCGAAGGCUCAGGGCAGAAAUGGUGCAGUCCCCAGUGCAGAGCUAGAAAGCAGGAUGCAGCGGGCGGAGGAGGCCCUCCGGGAUAUUCUGAGAGAAGCCCAGAUUUCCCAAGGUACAAGUAGAUCCCUCGGCGUCCAGCUGGCCAAAGUGAGGAGUGGAGAGAACAGCUACCGGAACCGCCUGGAUGACCUCAAGAUGACCGUGGAAAGGGUCCAGGCCCUGGGCGAUCAGUAUCAGAACCGAGUUCAGGAUACACGCAGGCUCAUCUCUGAGAUGCGCUCAAGCCUGGCGGAAAGCGAGGCUUCCCUGCGAGACAUUAACAUUCCUGAUUCAGAUCCCUAUGAAGGGCCAAAUGGCUUUAAAAGUCUGGCUCAGGAGGCUACAAGAUUGGCAGACAGCCACGUUGAUGCAGCCAGGACCAUGGAGCAGCUGGCGAGGGAAAUCGAGGACUAUUCCAGCCAAGUCCUGUCACUGGCCCGCAAAGCAGGGGGUGGAAGCGGCAUCCAGGACAGCUCUGUGGUACAAGGGCUUAUGGGAAAAUUGGAGAAAACCAAGUCCCUGGCCCAGCAGUUGUCAAGGGAGGCCACCCAAACUGACAUUGAAGCUGACAGAUCUUAUCAGCAAAGCCUCCACCUCCUGGAUUCAGCAUCUCAGCUCCAGGGACUCAGUGACCAGUCCUUUCAGGUGGAAGCAAAGAGGAUCAGACAGAAGGCUGACUCGCUCUCAAACCUGGUGACCAGGCAGAUGGAUGAGUUCAAGCGGGUCCAAAGCAAUUUGGGAAACUGGGAACAAGAAACCCAGCAGCUCUUACAGGAUGGGAAGAGUGGGCGGCAGAAAUCAGAUCAACUGCUCUCCCGUGCCAAUCUUGCUAAAAGCAGAGCCCAAGAAGCACUAAGUAUGGGCAAUGCCACCUUUUAUGAAGUUGAGAACAUUCUGAAGAACCUCAGAGAAUUUGACCUGCAGGUUGAAGAUAGAAAAGCAGAGGCCGAGGAGGCCAUGAAGAGACUGUCCUCUAUCAGCCGGAAGGUUACAGAUGCCACAGACAAGACCGAGCAAGCGGCAGCUGCCCUGGGGAGUGCUGCUGCCGAUGCCCAGCGGGCGAAGGACGGGGCAAGGGAGGCCCUGGAGAUCACCAGCCAGAUAGAAAAGGAGAUAGGGAGUCUGAACUUGGAAGCCAAUGUGACAGCAGAUGGGGCCUUGGCCAUGGAAAAGGGACUGGCCACUCUGAAGAGUGAGAUGAGGGAGGUGGAAGGAGAGCUGGCUAGGAAAGAGCUGGAGUUUGACACAGAGCGGGACACAGUGCAGCUGGUGAUUACGGAAGCCCAGAGAGCGGAUGCCAGAGCCAAGCAUGCUGGAGUUACGAUCCAAGACACGCUCAACACUUUGGACAGCAUUCUACACCUAAUAGACCAGCCCAGCAGUGUGGAUGAAGAGGGAGUGAUCUUACUGGAGCAGGAGCUUGUCCGAGCCAAGACCCAGAUCACCAACCAACUGCGGCCCUUGAUGUCUGACCUAGAAGAGAGGGCACGUCAACAGAAGAACCAGCUGCAUUUGUUGGAGACCAGCAUAGAUGGGAUUCUGGCUGAUGUGAAGAAUCUGGAGAACAUUCGGGACAACCUGCCCCCAGGCUGCUACAAUACCCAGGCUCUUGAGCAGCAAUGAAGCUGCCAUAGGGACUUGUCCACUGAGGCUCUGCAAAUACAGCGCUCAGGGCUCGGGGCCAUCUCCUGUGGGCAGGGUGGGAUGAGGGUAUUUGAACAUGGUCAGUGGGUGUGCUUAGGCCAACUGGACCCGACUCCAUCCCCAAGAACACAGCUAGGUGGAUGUCUUACUGCACUGGUAUGGUACCAUGAUGCUGGCCAUGAGGCAAAUGGCACUGGGUAUGAGACUGAUCAAGGACCAAGUGCAUGGGUGAACGUUGACCUCAGAACCGUCAGCUGAGUCCUGGAAUACAGAAAGCUCUGCUGGGUAGGUCCGGACAGAGUGAAAUCUAAUCAUGCUGUGGCCAGUAAAGUACUGUGGUUUCCUAUUACCCACUGCAAGUGUGUUGUUGACUGGCUGUCCUUCACGUGCCGUCUAGUCAGUGCAUGAACGGGUGCUCUGCUUGCAAGUUAACUCAAGUGAGCAGCAAUGGGCGCAGCAGCUGUAAGCCUGGCCCAGCUGGAGCAAUGGUGUGGCCAGUGCCCCGGUACCUUCAUACACUGUACCCGGAAGGGACAUGCCUUCUCCUAAUGAUGCCAGGGCAACUUAGAGACUGUGUUUUUAUUAAAACGUUUCUACCAGCAAAGCAAACAUCAAAAAGUAUUUACUUUUGAGUUUCAAAGUGAUAGAAAAAUGUGGUUUGGGCAUUGAAAAUUAUCUAGAAGAUUUAACAGUCUUAAUCCAACCUUCCUUUUCAAACACUAAAAAUCCUGUGUCAGUGCAUUUUAUCUUGUUCUCUGUCUGUCCCUAAAGCAGGGAUAAUCCAUCCAUUCAUCUACCCAUCCAUCCACCUAUCCAUCCUCCUUCCUUCCUUCCAGCAUAUAUAUUUAUUGAGUCCCUGCUACAUGCCAGGGGUGAGUGGUACAUUCCUGACGUCAUCUACCCUCUUAGAGUUGAUUGUCUAGUGAGGAAGACAAACAUGAAAACAAUACAUUGCAGCUCACAAGCCUUAUUCAUCACAAGUGGUAUUUAUUGCAGUCAUCCUGUGGAUUGCAACCUCUCUCCUCAACAGAACAUGUGUUGCAAGACCGUCCCGUGGGGGGUGCUUGAGCUAGGGCAAGGCUGACACAGUUCUGGGCUGUGCACGUCUGCAUUCCAGCGGUCCCUCACCCCUUCCCACCACACUGUUGCAACAGGCUGCUGAGUCAUGUAACACGAGUGGGAAUUGUGGAAGGAGCCGGAGGAGCUUCCAUCUCAGUUUGGAAGACUUCUGUGCUGCCUCGCUUCUGUAUUUCCUUGUCUCUUCAUGGACGUGUUGUCAAAUAAAGAACAAAUGUUAGACUCCGGG